AUGGCACCUAUCGCGCUCUCAGGAUUCCCACAACCCGCUCUUCACAGCGCGGUUGACUACAAUGACUUGAAGGUCAAAGUGGUCUCGAAUGCGGUCGAGGUUGAACCAACACCCGUCGUUGCAGACAACUUUAUGUAUGACUUCAAGUACAACCAUGAGCUCCCAACUUCCGACGUCCUCGGAGUCGAGGUUCCACUCGACUGUGAUGCUCAGAAGGAGGCCGACAACAUCGUCUCCCAGCUCUCUGAAGUGAUGGGAGGGCGUAAUGCGGCGGGGUUCGCCGACCUUUUCUGGGAAUUCGGCGUAUGGCGUGACAAGCUUUCGUUUACAUGGGACUACCGUACUUUCAACUUUCGACCAGCAAUCCUGAAAGCCGCCACCGAUCUUUUUGCGAACACGACCGCCAGCAGCUUCAAAUUCCUCGACCCUGCGCCCCAAGUAUCCCGCCCUUAUCCAGAUUUCUCGCAGCUGCAGUUCGUUGUGUCCUUUGAGACUGAGCUAGUCAUUGCAUCUGCCGUUAUCAACGCGGUGCUGACCAAGGAUGGAUGGAGGAUUUAUACGAUGCAUUCCGUUGCGGAGGAGCUCAAGCAAUUUCCAGAGAAGGCCCCCAAAGACGGACAUAUGAUUGGCCUUCAGAGCUGGGAAAAGCAACGUGCGAAUGAGAUCGAUGCCGCCAACCCUGAAGUUCUGAUAAUCGGCGGUGGGCAGAAUGGCCUCGCCCUUGCCGCUCGCUGCCAGGCUCUUGGCUUGGACAGUCUCAUCAUCGAGCGAAAUGAGGAGAUUGGAGACGUCUGGAAGAAGCGUUACGAGUACCUCUCACUUCACUUCCCCCACUGGGCCGAUGACCUGCCCUACUUUAGCUACCCCAAGCACUGGCCGACCUAUACUCCGGCCCAGAAGCAAGGAAAGUACAUGGAGUGGUAUGCCUCAGCCCUGGAGCUCAACGUCUGGUGCAAGUCCACGGUGGUCGAGGCAAAACAAACUAACAGACAAUGGGCGGUAAUCAUCAAUAAGGAGGGUAAAGAGCAGCGAACUCUCUACCCAAAGCAGCUGGUGAUGGCCACUUCUCUCUGCGGUGUCCCGACGACCCCUGUGGUCCCAGGCAUGGCUGAUUUCAAGGGCACCAUCCGACACUCGACCGCACACGACUCUUCGCGUGGCUUCAAGAAAGUCUGCGUUGUUGGCACCUCCUCUUCUGGCUUUGACACCGCCUACGAAUGCGCAAGACUUGGCAUCGACGUUACACUUCUUCAGCGCUCACCCACAUAUAUCAUGUCUCUUACAAACUCGGUGCCCAGGAUGAUUGGGAGUUAUGCACCUGAUAGCCACGGCAACCGGCGCAGCCACGAAGAGCUGGAUCGUCUCUUCUUCGCUACUCCUACCGGCCCCGGUGAGGAGCUCGCGCGACGAGGUGCCAAGGUCCUGGAAGACCUUGAUCGCCCUCUGCUUGAUGGUCUCCACGCUCGGGGCUUGAAAACCUAUCGCGGUCAGCGUGGCACUGGAAAUGCUACGCUUGGCUCGACUCGCAAUGGUGGCUUCUACUUCGAAGCUGGCGCUUGCGAGCAGGUUAUCAAGGGCAACAUUAAGGUCGAGCAAGGUUUUAUCGAGCGCUUUACCGAGGACAAGGUAAUUCUUUCCGGGAGUCGGGAACGGGAAUUCGACCUAGUUGUCUUCGCCACCGGCUUUUCCAAUGUCAUUGAUUCUGUGCGUGCAACCCUAGGAGAGGAGAUCGCUGCGGGAUGUGGCCCUAUUUGGGGCAUCGAUGAAGAGGGCGAAUUGCGCACCGCCUACCGGGAAUCCGGGGUUCCUAAUCUCUGGUUCAUGAUCGGCUAUCUGCCCAUGACUCGUUAUCACUCUAAGUUGCUCGCGCUGCGCUUGAAGGCUCUGAAGGAAGGUGUUGGUCAUGCUCCUUAUAAGGCGUAA